AAGUUUCGGUUCAUGCACCCUGCCCACGAUCUCGUCCUACACGUUUCCCCUUUCGCCAGGUCGCCUCGGGCUGGGCUCUGGCUUCCUUCCCUUUUCAACCUCGUGGUCUAGCAACCCGCGCCUUCCCCGUCAUAAUUCUUUCAUACCUACCCCAAGCGGCCGGUUCGCCCUUUCUCCUUGGCCUGCCUUUGGCGACAGGAGCUGUUGUUUCCUUGAGCUGUUGUUGUGCCGCAUCUUUGGUCCUUGCCCGGCGCGAGGACACUGGGCUCUACUCGGCGCAAGGCGGUCGCUUCUCUGGGAGCCCCAACUCCACGCCUGCUUAUUGCAGGUCCUUGGCAUUUCGGCCUACGACGACUAUUACGAGAGCCACCCGAUGGACACUCGGAUGCACAGGACCCCGUCGCCAGGCCACCCGCUGCAGCAUGGGUACCAUCUCGAGGACAACCCUUACGGCCACUCGCAGCUGGAUAUACCAGCCGGCCCUGGUAGAUACAGCCCUGGCGACGCCUUAGACAUCCACACAGCCCAAUCCGUGGACAACCUGGGAAGUUACUCUGUGAAUCCCGAAGCGCAUCACGAUGCAUAUUACAACCAGCCCUAUGAGCCUAAUCCGAUCCACGGCCAGGGGUAUGAUCAUGGCCAGGGAGGUUACUAUGAAGACGACAGGCGGCCAAUGUUGACGCACACCGAUUCGCAAGUGGGAGCAAGCGACCCUUACCACGAUGACCCGCAGCCCCCGACCAACAACGCCCCAAUCAAGAGGUGGAAGACGGUAAAACAGGUGCUAUUAUACCGUGGAAACUUGGUGCUGGACUGCCCUAUCCCGCCCAAACUCCUGAACCAGUUGCCCCACGGCGAACGUGAUGAGUUCACCCACAUGCGCUACACGGCCGCUACAUGCGAUCCUUCUGAAUUCUACGAACAAAACUUCACUCUCCGGCAAAAGCUCUUCAGCAAGCCCCGGCACACCGAGCUCUUCAUCGUGGUGACUAUGUACAACGAAGACGAGAUUCUCUUUGCGCGCACCAUGAUCGGUGUAUUCAAGAACGUGGAGUACAUGUGUAAGCGGGCCGAGAGCAAAACCUGGGGCAAGGAUGCUUGGAAGAAGAUUGUUGUGUGCGUCGUUAGCGACGGUCGUGCCAAGAUCAACCCGCGGACAAGGGCGCUCUUAGCCGGUAUGGGCGUUUACCAAGAGGGCAUCGCCAAGCAGCAAGUCAACGGCAAGGAUGUCACAGCACACAUCUACGAAUAUACAACCCAGGUCGGCAUGGCCAUCAAGAACGAUGUGGUCCAGCUCAUCCCCAAGCAGCAACCUGUCCAGAUGCUAUUCUGCCUAAAGGAGAAGAACCAGAAGAAGAUCAACUCUCACCGCUGGUUCUUCCAGGCCUUUGGCCGGGUCCUGGACCCAAACAUUUGUGUGCUAAUCGAUGCCGGUACCAAGCCCGGCGGCAACUCGAUCUACCACCUGUGGAAGGCCUUUGACUUGGAGCCCAUGUGCGCUGGUGCCUGUGGAGAGAUCAAGGCAAUGCUUGGAACGGGCGGGAAAAACCUCAUCAACCCGCUGGUUGCGACCCAAAACUUCGAAUACAAGAUGAGCAACAUCCUAGACAAGCCGCUGGAGUCGGCCUUUGGCUUCAUUUCAGUGCUGCCCGGCGCCUUCUCCGCCUAUCGGUAUGUUGCGCUCCAGAACGACAAAAACGGCCAGGGUCCGUUGGAAAAGUACUUCGCCGGCGAGAAGCUGCAUGGCGCCGACGCCGGCAUCUUUACGGCCAACAUGUACCUCGCCGAAGAUCGUAUCCUCUGCUUCGAGCUCGUCACCAAGCGCAACUGCCACUGGAUCCUGCAGUACGUCAAGUCAGCGACAGGCGAGACUGACGUGCCGGACACGGCAACCGAGCUCAUUCUGCAGCGUCGCCGCUGGCUGAACGGGUCCUUCUUCGCUGCCAUUUACGCCAUCGUGCACUUCCACCAGUUCUUCCGCUCCGACCACUCCCUUCUCCGCAAAAUGGCCUUCUUCAUCGAGUUCGUCUUCAACACGGUCAACAUGAUCUUUGCGUGGUUUGCCAUUGGCAACUUCUUCCUCGUCUUCAAAAUUUUGACGACAAGCUUGGGUGACGAUAAUUUGCUGGGUGAGCCGGGCAGGAUUAUGGGCGUCGCAUUUACCUGGCUGUACGGUGUCUCGUUGGUGACGUGCUUCGUCCUAUCCAUGGGCAACCGUCCGGCAGGAUCAGGGCCAUAUUACAUGGCCAUGAUUAUAUUCUGGGCGAUUCUCUUUAUUUACCUAAUGUUUGCGGCAAUCUACAUCGCGGUCGUGGCCAUCCAAACCGAUCUGGAAAAAAACGGCUUCUCGAUCGACUCGCUAUUCAAGAACCAGGUCUUUUACACGCUCAUCGUGUCGGUCAUGUCGACGUACGGUAUAUGGCUGGUUGCGUCGCUGCUCAUGUUCGACCCCUGGCACAUGUUCACGUCGCUGGUGCAGUACAUGCUGCUCAGUCCGACAUACACCAACGUGCUCAACGUGUACGCCUUUUGCAACACGCACGAUAUCUCGUGGGGCACCAAGGGCGACGACAAGCCUGACAAGCUGCCGUCGGUCAACACCAAGGACGGGCAGGGCAAGACGGACCUGCCCGACGAGGGCGACCUCAACGCCCAGUACGAGCGCGAGAUGCGCGUCUUUGCGCAAAAGCCCGUCCAGGAGAAGAAGCCGCCCACGCCAGCCCAGAUUGAGGAGAAGCAGAUGGACUACUACAGGGGCGUCCGCACCGUCGUCGUGCUCAUCUGGAUGAUCUCGAACUUUGCCCUCUGCGCCGUCGUCCUUUCCACGGCCGGCCUCGACCGCAUCGUACCCAACAACGGCCAGACCGAGGAGGAGGUCAAGGACGCCCGCGCCGGCAUCUAUCUCAGCGUCGUGCUCUGGUCGGUGGCGGCGCUCUCGGCCUUCAAAUUCCUAGGUGCCAUGUGGUUCUUGGUCGUCAGGAUGUUUAGAGGGGUUUGAGUUUUAACACCUGAUCCUGAUUGUGCGGGGAACGGGGGCGGCUAUUAUUCGUUGCACUGCUCCUCUUAUUGCGUUUUGACUGGUUACCGUCACCUAUCUUGUCCUCCCUUUGCACCUUUGCCUUCUUCAUCCUUGAGCAACUAUUGGCGAGGAUACUUUUACAUGGGGCUUGUACUGUACAUGUUGGUUUGAUGAUGAUUUAUGCCUUUUCUUACACAAAGAGAGAGGGAGGGACGAGAGAGACAGAGAGAGCACAUGUGUGCUUCUUUGUGUGGUUGUAUAUGUGUAGAG